UGUGAAUACAACAUCAAGAAACAUGGACGAACGUCAGCUUGUUGGGGUCGAGGAUCAAUACCAUAUUCAGGCUGCAACAACCAGAUCAUCUACACAGACGGAUCUAAAGUGACAACCAGAGCUUCCAGCAGGUAUCAGUUACUGGGACGACUGGAGGAUGGAGAUGUUUCUCUGACGAUCCUGAACACCACAGAGGAAGAUGCUGGACUGUACGGAUGCAGAGUGGAGAUACCUGGUUGGUUCAAUGAUCAAUCACAUCACAUCGAUCUGACCAUUGAGAAAGCUCCGUCGACCUCGUCAACACCAACCACAGAAACGACUGAACAGACUCCACAGACAGAACAGACGAUAAACACAUCAGGUCAGGUGACCGUUGCAGAGAGCGUCCCAGCUUCCUCGGACAGCAACGACCCCGAGCCACGGCAGGAGGACCAGGAGGCCGGCAGCGUUACUGUGGUUCUGGUGUGCGUUCUGCUCGUGUUGAUCGGUUUGGUCACAGCCGGCGUCGCCACCGUUAUUGGGAGAAGAUGGAACCAACAUAAAAUCCCUCAGCAGCAGCAGCAGCAGCAGCUGCAGACUGACACCUCGGUCCGGUUUAACUCUAAUUCAUCGGCUCUGGAGCUCCACCGUCGAGGUUCUGCAGUGGAGAACAUCUACCAGAUCGAUGCCGAUGGCGAUGCUGGCGGGGACAGUGGUGGUGUUUACGAGGCCCUUCCCUGAGGCCUGAGAGGACGAUGAGCUACAGACGAAUAACACAAAGUGACAGCAGGAAUCAGCUGUGAGACGGACCUGAACCGUCACAACAAACCAGACUCUGAAGCUUCAAGACUGCAGAGAAACCAACUACGAGUCCCAGAGGGCUUUGCUGCAAGAAACAUCCAAUCAGAGAGCUUCAGACGGCGUCCACGUCAUGUGAUGAUGGAGGAUGUUGAUGACCUGCAGGCGUUCAGGUCAUGAAGACGACUGCUUGUUUUUAUAUUUAAUUUAAUAUCACAUCAAACUACUUUUUAUGUGUUUGUGUGUUAAUAUUUAAAGAAAAUGAGCUGCUGCUUUUUAUUGUAUCAGCUCAGCAUUUAAAUCUUUCUGUGUGUAAUAUUUGUUAAACAUUAAUGUAUCAGCUCUUUUAUAAAUCUGUAAAUAAUGAAUAAAAGUUGAGAAUGUGUUCUUA